AUGAGGCAUACGUUUAUCAAUUUGAUGUUUGUUUUUGCAGUGGUAUCUAUAAAAAUUCCUAUAAUAGCUCGACAACAAAAAGCGAUUUCACAACUAGUGUUAGACGUUGAAAAAGCUGCGAUCACUUCCACAACUGAAAUCGUUUCUGGGAUUGAUAAAUCAUUCCCUGUUCUUAUCGCCUUGGAUAUUGGAAGAGACAUACUGGCUUAUGUAGAAAGCUGGUUACGAUCAUCUAGUGGUAAUAUUCGUGUAAUUACUUUGGGUGAUAAUAGUUCGGCUCCAUCUUAUAUACAUCGAAGUAGUGGCGUAGUUGAGGAAACGAUCACUUCAUUAGCAGUUGACUGGAUAACGGGCAAUUUGUACGUUGGUGUUGAAACAGGCGUCCAUAAUGCUGGACGCAUUGAAGUAUGUCCUUUGAAUGGUCAAUCUAGUUGUGCUAUUGCAUUAGAUUCUUCUAGUUUCGAAAAUCAAAACUCCCGAGUUGAUGCUUUGCAUUCUCUUGUCCUUGAUCCAGUUGAUGGCUAUAUGUAUUGGCUGAAUCGUCUACAUAAACGUAUUGAAAGAGCAUGGAUGGAUGGUAGGCAUCAUGAUCCAUACUGUUUCAAAGAUGAUACUACCGAUGUUAUUACUACAUCCGCUCUUACUCUUGAACAGGCUAGUCGAACGCUCUAUUAUGUUCGUACUUGGGCAUCACCUGAUGACUCUCAAAUUUGGAGUUGUUCACUGUAUGGUCGUGAGUCGUGUCGACCUGUUGCCAAUAAAGUCAAUGCUUUUUAUCUCGAUGUUUUCAAUGAUUAUUUGAUAUGGACAUCGGUUACGAAUCAAAACUCUGGGAUAACAGUUUGCGAUAAGCUCAACUGUGAUCACACUACUCGUGAAGUGGCUGAUUCAUAUGGUGUCGAGACUCUCCUUAUAUCUCAUCAGCAAACUCAACCAUUAAGACAGUCAUCUAAUCCAUGUAGAUUAAAAAAUGGUGGCUGCUCACAUGUUUGCGUAUUAAUUCCUGGUGCACCGUGGCGUUCCUGUCUGUGUCCUGUGGGAGUUCGACUUCUCAAUGAUCAAUUAACCUGUUCACCUACUGGGAUAGAACGUUUGUUGUAUGUAGCGACAACAUCAGGGCUGAUUUUUAUAUCAUUGGAUACGAUGCAUCAUGCUCCUCUCAGUCUUUCAACUGUUGCUUCUGAAAUACGUGAUACCAAAGUUGUACAUAUUGAUUAUGAUCCUGUGGAAAAAAAAUUGUUCAUGAUAGAUGGAGAUAUGGGUGUAAUUCGUAGGUGUAAUCCAGAUGGAACAGAAAUGGAGAUUUUUGUCGAGGAAUCCGUCAAGUUGGUGUCUGAAGCGCUUGCUGUUGAUUGGUUGAAUCGCAAUCUGUAUUGGUUGGAUAGUAACGUUGCACAAAUCAAGAUGCAAAGUUUAUCUAAAAAAGGACGGCAAAUAGUAGUAGCAAAUGAGUUGAAGCAACCUCGUGGUUUAGCUUUGGAUCCUGAUGAUGGUUACAUGUUUUUUUCGGAUUGGCAUAAAAGUAUUAAUCGCAUUGAGAAAGCAUGGCUUGAUGGUUCUCAUCGACAAGUGGUUGUUUCCUUAGAAAAGGAUGCCUGGCCUAAUGGAAUUGCUGUUGACAUUAAGCAAAAACGGCUGUAUUGGGCAGAAGGAGGGCGAUCACUAAUUAAAUCGGCAAGUCUAGGGAAGAAUUUAAAUGUUCAAGUGUUCUCGGAAGGCGUUAAUCAUCCUUAUUCACUGACUAUAUUAGGCAACUCACUAUACUGCAAUUCUUUAUUUGGUCGUAAGAUCUCUGUGUUUCCUGUUCCUAAUGAUAAUGAAUCUUUAUCUGACGUACAGUUGUCAGUGAUCUCUGAUUCUGUCAUAUUCGGUCAAAUGGGCAUUCGUGCGGUGAAUCUGAAUCAAAUCCCAGAAGGCUCAUCUCCAUGUCAAAAAAAUAAUGGGGGAUGUUCACAUAUGUGCGUGAAGCAACCAAAUGGGGACAAAAUAUGUGUUUGUCCGGUUGACUAUGAGUUGCAAGCCGACAAUGUGACAUGCAUUAUGCCCGCCGCUUUUCUUGUUUAUGUACAGAGCCCCUCGGCAAACUCUGCUAAUAGCAUUAUGAGAAUUUCUUUGGAAACGAAAUCAGCUAAUAAUCAUCGUGUCAAUAUUGAUGAUAUGACAACAGCUCCAGUUAGUAUAGAUAUUGACCAGAAUUCUCAUCGUAUUUUUUGGUCUUCUGAAGGACGAGGUCGUUCGAUUCGGUCACCUCUUCGUAGUGCAUUUUUUAAUGGUUCAGGAUUAAAAAUGAUUUAUGAAAGUAACGCUGCAAAUUACAUUGCGGUGGAUUGGAUCACUUCGAAUAUAUAUUGGUGCAAUAUGGAAUUACAUCGAAUUGAAAUGGUUCGUGGUGACGGAAGAAGCCACCGUACUAUUGCUUGGGAAAGUAUACAUCCCCGAUAUUUGGUCGUGCAUCCUAUUCAACGAUUUCUAAUUUUUGCAAAUUACAAUAGUGCACAUAAAUUUACUAUAAACAAAAUACCUCUAUACGGAGAGCGAUCAGGUGGUAAAGAGAUAAUUAAACAAUUAGGUACAGUUAGUGCACUUGCGAUUGAUUUUGAUUCGGAAUUGUUAGUAUGGUCAGAGUUAGAUGAACGAGGAGGAGGACUCUCUAUUUCUGACUUUAAUGGUCAAAAUCGCGCUCGUUUAAUACAUAAUGAGAGGUUAUUACCUGCAGCAUUGGCUGUGUACAACCGUCAGAUUUACAUUGCCAAUACCAAAACCAAUACAAUUGAUCUCUACAAUAGUCGUGCUUUGAAAGUUUUACAUAGUGGGAUAAACCAUGUCACAGACCUUGCUGUUGCCUAUAAACAGUGGACAAAAGGUGGGAACCGUUGUCUACAAAACAAUGGUGGAUGUAGUGAUAUAUGUGUGGCGAUAGGUGAAACUUUUUAUAACAACAGUAUUAGAUGUUUCUGUGAAGACCAUUUCACACUUGAUCAUACAGGAAGAAAAUGUUUACCACCAAAACAUUUUCUUCUGGUCGCUAUUCGAGGUCGUUUUAUGCGUUUUAAUUUGAAACAGGCGACUUCUGGUAACAUAUUUUGGAAAGAGAUACGUUUUUGUUUACUCCAACUUGAUGAGAGAGCAUCUUUUGUGUCUCUGAUAUCUUUUUUCAGAUUUUCAUCAGUUGAUCCUUAUUCAGUUUUGUCAGUGCCGAACGUUGGUACGCCCGUAUCUGUAGGCAUCGAUUUGUUUUCCGCUAGUCGCUCUAUAUACUGGAUUGAUUCUAAUGACGACAAAAUUAUUAAGCGGUCCUCAGAUUUAUCAAAUUCUGCGACACAGACUAUCACAUUAUCAAAACGUUCCAACUGUGCCUUGCUCUUUCAUUUAGCAGUUGAUGAGUUUGGUCGCCAAUUAUUUGUUUCAUGUGCAGAGCAUGGUUUAAGUCAUGCAUCAUCUAUUCAUGUUUGGCGUAUAAAGAGUAAUGAUCAUUUGGAAUAUAUUGGCGUUGUAGUAUCAGGGCGGGAACGUUCUCCUGUGACUGAUCGACCUCCUUAUCCUCGACAAAUUGCCCUUUUUCCCAAGUUGAACUUCCUUUUUUACGUUGACGAUGGUGGCCUAGCUCCAGUCAUUGUUCGUUGUUCACUAGAUGGUCGUCAAUGUAUGCAGUGGGAAGCUCCUAAUUUGACGCAUACAGUGAAGCUUCAUGCUCAUCAAAGCAGUGAUCGUUUAUAUUACAUCACAGCUAACGGUCUGUGGUCACGGGAUGCAGAUGUAUUUUCUGAUAUACGCCAUCAUAUUAAAGUGCGAACUUCAGAUAUUGAUAUGGUUCCAAUCAGUGAGAAGAAGAUGAUAAUAAUUGCAAAAAAUGAAUCUCAAUAUGAUGAUCUGUUACUGGAAUUGAUGAACGAUGUUCCUACUGUUUCUCUAGGUGAUCUGAAACGAUCUGCUUCCUUCUCACUUAAACGUAUUCUUGCAAUAACUGUAGCUGGCAGUUAUGAAAGAGAUUUCUACGAUUUGAAUCAAACAUGUGCAAUGUCACAUUGCUCACAUCUAUGUCGGGUUAUGCAUAAUUCUAGGAAACGACAUGAGUGUUUGUGUCCACUUGGAUUUGGAUUACAAAUUCUUGGUGGAACAUCUUGUUUUGAACAUGUCUUAUGUUUUCACUGGCAAUUCAAAUGUGAAAAUGGGCGAGAAUGUAUACAUGCUAUGGCAAAAUGCGAUGGCCGUAAAGAUUGUUCUGAUGGUAGUGAUGAGUCUUCACAAUUGUGCCGCAAUGUUGCUAUUAAUAAUUGGCCAUGUGAUAACGGAAAAGCUUCUGUUGCUCGACCUUCCUUUUGUAACGGUAUCGAAGAUUGUUCUGAUGGAUCGGAUGAAGCUCACUGCCGAUGUUCUAAUCCUCUUUCUCAUUUUGAUUGUACCAUUGGACCAGAUAGUGCUUCACAUGCGGCUGAGUGCAUUAGUCGUGAGUUAAUAUGUGAUGGUAUAAAUAAUUGUUACGCAGGUCAAGAUGAAGAGAAGCAGCUCUGUGCUGAUAUUCAUAAAAUAGUCACAGUCGCUCCAGUGCUAUCUCCUUCAUUUGAAUUAAUAAUACCGUUGGCAAUAUUUUUCCUCGCAUUAAGCAUAAUUGUAAGUGCGUGUUGUUGUCAUUUCGCUAUGCGACGACCGUUAGGACACAAUUUGACUCAUACGACGACCACACAUUCGUUACCAAUAAAUACGGAAGCACGAGUAUUACUCCCAGCACAUCCAACUGGCACCCAACUUGAAUUCCAAUUUCGUACUUAUUCUGUUGGAGCUUCUUCAUCAUUGUACAAUGCAUUACCUCCACCGAAUCCACAAUUCUCUUCCGGUGCAGUUUCAUAUCAUCAGUCAGUGAAUGACAGUUCAUCACAAAGAAAUUCAGUGUACACUGCAAUAAGCACUGCCGUAAAUAAAUCAAGUUUUAAGCGGUUUUUCGCUCCUCCUCCGUCUGCAGCAAGCUUAUCAACUUAUGGAGUUGUUAAACCGGCGGGAAUGCGAGUUAAUUUGCAACAUUGCAGUGGUGCUGCUGUAAGCUCCAGUAGAAAUCGACGAAGGCAGCGUUAUCGUGAAUUUGUUAAUGGGACUAGAAUUUAUAGUCCUCCACCAUCUUAUUCCCAGGUUAAAACGACUCGUCCAGUCUGUAUUAAUCCUGGAAUGGAGUGCAGCGAUUUCGAAUCUCACCAACUACAAGCACCAAGGAACAGUCGAGUUCUUUCUUCCAUUGAUUCAUCGUCAGUCGAAGGUAUAAGACCAAAACCGUUAGGCAGUACAUUUAUCUCAUCUAAUAUUUUUGCUCAGCAACAGCGUUUACUUGAUUAUUCUUCUUCGUCUUCUGAUUUUUUCCAAUCAGUUGUAUGUGACAGAAUAGAAAAAUGCAAGUUACUGAGAAAAAGCUGCUUUGUCUUCUGAUA